AUGUGUAAUAAAACAGAGCGGUUAUCCGGAGCGGCGGCGCCGUUGUGUCUGCCGGAAGAUAUAAUCGUGGAGAUUUUGAAUUGGUUGCCGGUGGCAUCAUUACUGAGAUUGAAGUGCAUCUGCAAGACAUGGCGCCACAUCAUUGAACGGGAUGAUGAGUUGGCGGAGAAGCAUCACAACCGCGCCACCACCUGUUUCCGCUAUAAACAUAAGCAUAAGGAUAUGCAUGGAACCACCUUCUCCAGUGGGUACAUGAAGAUGAAGAUGAGAGAGGCGUUUUGCUGUAUCCAUACACAGAAGGGGUUAGUGCUGGAGCAAGAUCGCGGUACAGAGCUCCCAGAAAGGCUUCGGAUAAGGAACCCGGCGACGAGGCAAGCGGUGUACCUGCCCGUCAUCGGCGGCACUUAUUGGACGCUCGCCGGAAUUUUUUUUGUUGGAAAGAGUUGCUGUAAAGUGAUAAGUUUCUCGCAGGAGGGGAAAUCGGUUUUUGAGGGACGAUUCAGAGCGAUAACUGUCGGCGCUGAUGCGGCGUGGAGACCUCUGAAUAAUGAUCUGCUACACCGGAUAAGCAUCCUCUUCCGGAAGUCUAAGAUAUACUCUCUGAGCAUCGGAAACGUUUUCCAUGUGGUCACCAUGAACAAUGAACUCAAGAAAAUUCUGUCAGUGAACGCAGAGAAUGAGAGGUGUGAAAGUGAAGAAAUCCCAGAAACUCUCUUCUCAGAUUGGGGGACUGUGAAGCCAAGGGAAUGGGAUUCAAAGCUAUCUCUUUACAGCCAAGAUGGGGAGAAUAAUAAUAUCAAGAUUUGGGUGCUUCAGAAUCACGAGUGGGCAAAAAUCACCAUUGUCCUGGAUUAUCCAGUUCCCUUUGUAGCAAAAGAUACCAAGUUUUAUAUACAGAAACCUCACUCCUUACAUUCUAGGUUUAUAAAUCAAAACGAAGAUGCAGUGGUUGUGAUUAAACCUACAAUUUUGCAUCUAAAAGGGAUGGAGGCAAUGCCACAAGAAAAAAGACGACCCUACUGGAAGGAAGAAGACGUGCUAAUCCCCUCCUCCCAAAUUAUUUCUCGACUUUCACUGUAUCUAUUUAGAUUUUAG